AUGGCUGAUCAGGCAGCUUUAUUAGCACUGGUAAUAUUAUUUGGAGGUAUCAGCAUACAUUUUUCCUUGCAUAAGGUAGAAGAAGGACACUUAGCAGUAUAUUAUCGCGGUGGAGCACUUCUUCCUAUAACCAGUGAACCUGGAUUCCACAUGAUGUUUCCUCUUCUUACAACAUUCAAAUCUAUUCAGACUACAUUACAAACAGAUGAGGUUACAAAUGUUCCUUGUGGUACUAGUGGAGGAGUUCUAAUUUAUUUUGAAAGGAUUGAAAUAGUCAAUAAGCUGAAUCCUUCUAGUGUUUUAGAUAUUGUUCGCAACUAUACUGCAGAUUAUGAUAAGACACUAAUUUUUAAUAAAAUUCAUCAUGAGUUAAAUCAGUUCUGCAGCUCACAUACAUUGCAUGAGGUUUAUAUUGAUCUGUUUGAUCAGAUAGAUGAAAAUUUAAGAACGGCUCUACAAAAAGACCUGACUGAAAUGGCCCCUGGAUUAACAGUACAAGCUGUAAGAGUUACAAAGCCAAAGAUACCGGAUGUUAUCCGCUUUAAUUAUGAGCUUGUAGAGGCAGAGAAAUCUAAACUUCUAAUUGCAGAGCAACACCAAAAGGUUGUCGAGAAAGAAGCCGAAACUGCCCGUCGUAAAGCCGUAAUUGAAGCAGAGAAAGGUGCUCAGGUUUCUAAAAUUCAGUAUGAGCAGAAGAUUCUGGAAAAGGAAUCACGUCGAACAAUGGAGCUAAUAGAAAAUAGUAUUCAUAAAGAUAAGGAACAAAUCAAGGCCGACGCGGAAUACUAUACUGUGAAAAAGCAAGCUGAAGCAAAUCAGCUCCUUUUGACCAAAGAGUACUUGGAACUGAAGAAAUUGGAAGCAGUAGCUUUGAAUACAAAAGUAUACUUUGGUGCGGAUAUACCUAGCAUGUUCAUGCAAACUAAUAGUGAACCUAAAGCCGCUAUGCCAUAA